AUGGCUCCUACAAUUUUGAUUGUUGGUGCCACAGGCAACACUGGCCGAAGUGUUGUGGAGACCCUUUCAGAAUCAAUCAACAACAACAAAACACUUGCAGGGUAUCAAAUCAUUGCCCUAACACGAAAUACGGACAGCCCUACUGCCCAAAAUCUUGGCAAACUUUCAAACGUCACAAUUGAAGAAAAGAAUUGGGUUGAUAUUAGCCCUGAGUGGUUGAAGGAACGCAAUGUUGUCAAGGCAUUUAUUGCUUCCCAUAAUGAGCCCUCUCAUUUUGCAGACGAAUCAACCUUCCAUGUUGCUUUACUUAAUGCUGGCGUCAAAUACGUUGUGCGCAUCUCCACCACGGCUGCCAAUAUCCAUCCCAACUUCCCAGUAUACUAUCCACGCCAACAUUGGGCUGUCGAAGCCUUAUUGAGCUCUCCUGAGUUUGAAAAUCUUCAAUGGACCUCACUUCAGCCAAAUGUCUUCCACAGCUUCGCUCUUGGACCUGCCUUGGAGUUCAUCAAACAAUAUCGCAAAGAUGGAAAGCAAAAUACACUCCGCUUGAUGGCUGAUGGUGAUGCACCUCUUGGAUGUAUUCACUCUGACGAAAUCGGUCGCUUUGCCGCUGUACUUCUGGCUCAGGAGGAUCACUCCAUCCACAACAAGAAAAAGUACGAACUUAACGGACCAGUGGAUAUCAACGGAAAGCAGAUUGUCAAACUGGUGGAGCAAUAUAUUGGAACAGAAGUCAAGGAUGUCAAGUUCAGAGACAUGACUUUCGUUGACACAUGGGCUGAUUCGGUCGAAGCUCACAAAACUCUCAUUCGAUCCAUCAAGGGUGCUCCUACUACAGGCUGGGAAGGGAAGUGCUCGACUGCAACGACGAGUAAGGAGUUCUUGGAGUUAUCUCCACCAAAGAUUACACCCGCAAUGUGGUUGAAAUCUGCUCUUGAGGAAUAAAGGGACGAAUCGAUCGAGCGGCACUAUUAAUAAAAUGCUCAUUUCGAAUCUUUUUGUAGCACUCUAAAUGAUCCGAGAUAUGUGAAGUAGAACUCAGCUAUAAAAGUUCUUGAGCUUUGUGACAAGUAUUGACUGAAGAGUAGUAUUAUUUUUGAUAUAUCGACCGCUAUGAUACCCUUUUUC